AAUCCCGAGGAUCAAACCUUUCCCUUCCCACCGGACAGUCCUGUUGGUCUUUUCUUCUCCAACCAGUCAAUUCAAGUGUUGCUAGAUUUACUUCAACAAAGUUCUAAUCCUUGCUCGCUUGAAGCAACUUCUGGGAUCCUCCAGAACGUGACCGCAGGCAAUUGGAGUCCAGCGCAGUACGCUAAGAAAACGAUUCGAAUUCUUCACGGUCUGCCCAUUCUAACCGAGUUACUGAACGCUCCUUCACCGCGAAUCGUCCUGGUCACCGCGAAUGCACUUCGUAAUCUGGCCACUGAUGAGCGUUGCUCUGUUCUACUAGGUAAACACGCCAUUCAGCGAAUUAUUUCCGCAUUGAACAAUUGCACAACUCAUGUUCCCAGUUUGGAGCACUCAACACGGGAGGCUAAUCCCGAAUGGCAAAUGCCUACCAGUGUGGACUAUCAUUCGAGUCAAUCUGUUCGGUCCAGUGUAUACGGAACAAUGAACGAUCACAUACCGAAAAAACUCACGUACUCAGUAACAUCAGCCUUGUUGCAGUUGUGCGCAAUGCAAUUAGUUGCGCCCAUAUUGCGUCACACGGAUAACCUGGCACUUAAGAAUAUGAUUGCAGAGGAAAAAACGGCAAAAUAUUUAUUUUUCUUACACAAGUACACAACUCCACAAUACAUAUUACAGCAAAUUGUCGAUUCAUACUUUCCCACAGACGUUUUGCUACGUUGGGUGGAAUUGAAAAGUGCCGGGAAAUCUACCACGCAACGAAGCACUUGA